UUGUUGUGUGUAUUCGCGUGCUCGCAUCGCCAUCUUUGUUGCGAUCCCAGCGUUCACGUAUGUGAGGCUCCACUCCUGCAGGAGCACCGACGCUGCCCAGCCGCUCCGGGGGAAACCAGAGGGACAGAGAGAGGCCUGGGCCCGUGCAGCGGCGCGUACCAGCGGGACCCCCUCCCGUCUUUCUCCCCCCCUCCCCCGGUCCGUCCCGGUCCCGGUCCCGGGUCCCCCGGUCCCCCCGCCAUGAGCAUCGACACGCUGCUGGAGGCGGCCCGGUACCUGGACUGGCAGGCCCAGCAGCAGCAGCUCCGACACGAUCAUCUGUAGUGGCACCCAAAGGGAGACGUCAUUAAGCCUCCCUGUCUGAGCACGGUGGACCCGACUGUGUACCUCAGCAUGACCCGUACUCAGUUGAAGAGCAGUGCAAAGAGCGGGAGCCGAUCACCAGGGAGGCCGAGUCGAAGCGCGUGGACUGUGUGAAGUCACCUCAGCACGUCAAGGCCAACCACGUCUCGUGGAGCGAUGGCUCCCCCGGUCCACACCCCCCUCCCGGCCCCCCGCCGCCCUCUCUCCCGCCGCCUCCGCUCCCCAUCGCCGUCAUCCCCAUGGUUCCCGUCGUCACCGCCACGCCUUCCGUUCCACCGCUCCCGGUCACGGCGCCGGUCGCCGCGGCGGCCACAUCCCUGGGCAGCGCCGCGCCCAUGAAGAAGGAGAACGCUUCGUCUCCUCCACAGAAGCAGCCGCCUCAGCCGGCCCCCCAUCACCUGCUGUGCCCCUCCCAGAUCAAAGUGGAGCCGGGCCAGCAGCUGAUCGACGUGAAGUCCGGCGUGCCGCAGCCUCAGGUUCAGAUUCAGUUCCCAGCAUCCAUCAACACUAACGGCUCCGGCUCGCACCACGCGCUGGUUCCACGCCAAGCCCCGCCCACACCCCAGCCGCGGCCCAACGGAGUGACGCUAGAGGAUUUGAGGGGCCUGGAAGGGAAGAGGAGACCGGGAGGUGCGGGAACCAGAGAGGUGCAUAAUAAACUGGAGAAGAACAGGCGAGCGCACCUCAAAGAAUGUUUCGAGACGUUGAAGAAGAACGUCCCUAAUGUCGACGAGAAGAAGACGUCCAACCUCAGCGUCCUACGCAGCGCGCUGCGCUACAUCCAGACCCUGAAGCGGAAGGAGAAGGAGUACGAGCACGACAUGGAGCGGCUGGCCCGGGAGAAGAUCUCCAUGCAGCAGCGGCUGGCCGAGCUGAAGAACGAGCUGGGCCAGAGCAUGGACGUGAUGGAGAUCGAGCGGGUGCUGCGGCAGACCAUCCAGCCGGAGGACGACCAGGCGUCCACCUCCACAGCCUCAGAAGGAGAAGACGCGUACGAGCCGGACAUGGACGAGGACGCCCCGGCCCCCCCGGUCCCUAUCAAGCCGGCCCCCCCUCUCCUGCAGGCCCAGCCGCUCCUCCCCCACCGGUCCCUCCAGCACACGGCUCUGCCUCUCUCCGGAGUCCUCGCCACGCACUCCCCGCCUCAGGCCAUCGCCCCGGUCCCCGGCCCCGGCCCGGCUCCAGGGCCCCCCCCUCUACAGGUCCAGCCCACCGUCAUCGCCCACGCCGCCGUGUCCCACCCGUCGGUCAUCCAGGCCGUCAGCCACACGCUCCCACCCAAUCACAAGCACCUGGCCCACAUAGCCCCCUCCCCCGGCCCCCCCUCCGGCCCCCAGCAGCUGGCGGCGGCCCCGGCGGGGCCCGCCGGCCCCCAGCAGCUCACCGCCCAGCAGCUCACCGCCCAGCCCAUCGGACACAUCACCGUCCACCCGGUGGCCCACCUGGCCGCCCCGCUGGCCUCCCACCUCCCUCUGUACCCGCAGGGCGUCUCGGUGGGGCACAUCACGCACGCCUUCGCCCCCCCGGCCCUGCCGCACGUCCAGGCCAGCCCUCAGGCCAGCUCCAACGGAGCGCAGGUGAACGGCGGCGCCGCCGUGGGCCAGGCCGGCCCGUCGCUAGGGAAACCCACCGCCGUGCUCGGCCCGCACCCCCAACUGGUUGGGCAGGCUGCGGUGCUCAACCCCGUCACCAUGGUUACCGUGCCAACCUUCCCGCUCAAACUGACCUGAACAAACCGACUGAGCGAGCGAGCGAUGGGACGGACGAACUGAAAGACUCUGAACUCCCGGUCAGUGAUCGAUACCAGAGAAUCUCUGACGAGCAAAAGCAGCCGUUGUUUUUGGGACGUUUUGUGAUAAAUAUCACAUGUGAUAUUUGCGUCGCAGCUGAAGCUGUGAACCGGAGCAUCCACGGCCAUUCAGUGGGGGAGGCCAGUGUUCGCGGAAAAGAGACUUUGACAUUUGCCUCCGCUGCCACCACAGGAACUCUGAUUGACCUCUUUCCUUCCUUCGUUCUCUCCUCCGCAACCAGAAGCACUAACACGAUAAGCUUAGUUCACACUCAGGCAUCAAGGGUUUACCGUCAGAAGUCCCUCAUUUAGAGAGAAGCACGGGGGUCCGGUGGGUCCGUGGCCGCGGCGGUGCGGCCUCCGCUCCUUUACACUAAUGCGUUCACAAGGUGGAGGCGGCGCGUCUCUGAUGUGUUGAAGAGCAGCAGGAAGCAGCUCGCUGGCUUUUCUGGCACCAAUGAAUUACUCGUACGUGUCCAAAGUAGAUCACAGUUCACGGAGCGAUUCAUGUUUUCCCCUUAAAUGUCAUCUUUGCUUUGGCUCUUAUCCCGUUCCAACAAUCCCCAGGUGAUGUUACUGUCGCAUCUUGCAUGGUAAAGCAAUAAAACCCGAUCCAGACUGAAGUACAGAAAAGACCAGAAGAACCGAAACGUGUUUUGUGGGUCAUUUCUGUUCCGCCCUUUACAUCUGAUCUGUUUCUUUAAUCCACUUUGAAACGGCAAACGUCCUCCGAAGGAGAUUAUGAGGGAGCAGUUGUCUGCUCAUCAAAGUGUAACGUCGGUGCUCUGGACGAGCCCGAGACCAAACUACGGGAAGAGCAGGACGGGAGGUCGUUUUAGUUUCAAACACACACAACAUGAUUAGUAACAGUUACACGCGUCUUCUUCGGCUUUUUGAUGAAUAGUUGGAAUUUUUCUCUGCAUUUCUUAAUUCUUUUUUUAAACCUUAAGACCCCCAACAAUAGUUUCUCUGUGAGAAAUGGAUGUAAUAGUGAAUCAAAGCCGGUCCCGCUGCCGCCUGUAGACGCCUCUCCAGACGUUCAGCCGUCACGCUGGACGAGGAUCGACGCAGAAUGUUCCGUCUCUCCCCUCAACUGCUCUUCAACACUCAGUGACAGGUUUCCUCUGGCCCUUGCUGCCCCCCCCCCCCUCUCCAUGUUCUGUCUAAUGCAAUAGCGCCCCCUGCUGCUUCACCUCAGGCUUCGUACUGAAGUAACUCACGCACCACUUGGGGCACAACACACACAGACGCGUCCCGACCUCGGCGCGUCGUGGAUAAAACAUGCGCCGGUCAUGUUGCUCGGCAACCGAAAGCCCCUGAACGGCUUUCACGUGGACUUCCAUUCAUGGUUUCUACUUUCCUGCUCGAACUAGAUUAGACGCGGUCUGUUUUUUCCUGAUGACAUUUACUACACGUCAGCGGAAAACCCCCUUUUUGGAAGUGAUUUCCAAGACAAAAAAACAGCCUAAAUUUGCUGCUCUAGUUUGAAAAAUGAGUUACUGAAAAUAUUUUUUACAAGUCAAAACAGGGAAUGUGUUGUGUUAUCCACUGGUGUGCGUGUGAAUGUGUGUCUGUGUCUAUGUGCACAUCCGGCGAGCCUUCCUGCCAGCCUCCAGAUGUCGCUCCCUCAUCAGAGUAUGCAGUCAGUGUGGAUCUGCUCCUUUGCCUCCACUGCUGUCCCGACACGUCACGUCUGUGCACGGGACUCUGUUUUUCUAUAUCCUGUACCAUAAUUAAUUCUAUUGUACGCGUAGCAUGGCUGUGUUUUGAUUCUCCAGUUGGCCCUGUGCAUGAUGGAGUGUGUGCGAGCGUGUGUAGCUACUAGCAGGUUAUUUUUUUACAAAGGUGAUUUAUGGUAUGAGCCUGUUUGGAUGCUAUCGUGUGUGCCUACACUCGGUUUCCCUGAACACUGUGACAACUCCGGCAAACACGUACAUGUUGAGUGAAUGGAAAAGACACAUUUACUGUCUUUAAUUAUAUUAUUGUUGUUUCUGUUUUUUUUUUUUUUUUUAAGUUUUUCAUUUUGAAAGUUGAACUAAGACAUGGAGUUUAAAAAAAGUAAAAAAAAAAAAAAAAAUAGCCUGUUGCUCUUCUCUUGAUAACAUAAUGAUGUCUGAUAUUAAAUUAGCGUUUUGUAAUAUUUGUAUGUAUGAAAGUUUUGUAAAUUUUGUGAUUGUGCGCAUGUUUCAGCAUAUGAGUGUAUGCAUCUUAAAUGCUUUUUUUUUGUUUGUUUUGUUAUGCAUGUAGGCUGCCAUUUUGUUGUUUUUCUUUGAGCAGAUUUGUUUUGAUGUUUAUUUUCGGGACCAUGUACAAUACUGUAUAACGUGGGCAGAAUCUUGGACCUCAUGCUGCGUUGAUAUUAUAUAUGAAUAUAAAACAAGUUUUCCCUAUGGAGAAAGUUUUAAGUUAUAUAUUGCCUGUAAACUUUGGGCUGCCUUUUAGAUCUAACUGUCCACUGUUUAAGAUAACAAUGAUAAUAAUGGAUAAAACAUAUUAAUGAUGAAGAAUUAUGCCAAUGGAAUAAUAAAGAUUCUUAAUAAAUCUUAUUACAUUUACAA